AUGGGCCCCACCCACAUGCCACGCAACCUGUCCAUGGGGAAAUUGGAGCGCGUGAUGGCCGGGUUACAGCUUCAAAAGGAAGAGCUCAUCGAGAUGGACUGUGGGCGGACGGCCCGUCGGGAAGGGCGUUUCGUCUUCGAGUGUGCCUGGGAGGUCGCCAACAAGGUCGGAGGGAUCUACACCGUCAUCCGCUCGAAGGCACCCAUCAGCGUCGACGAGCUCGGCGACCAAUACUGCCUGCUCGGGCCUCAGAAGCAUGACCGUUGGCGCCUGGAGGUCGAGCCGCUCGAGCCCGAGAACAGGACCAUCCGAUUGGCGAUGCAGAAGAUGCACAUGAUGGGAUUGAACUGUGUCUACGGGCGCUGGUUGAUCGAAGGCCACCCGAAAGUCAUCCUCUUUGACCUGGCGAGCGGUGCUGCACGGAUGAACGAGUGGAAGCAAGAGCUGUUUGAGAAGACAAGGAUUGGCAUCCCGCACGAAGACAUCGAGUCCAACGACGCGGUCAUUCUUGGCUUUAUGGUUGCCAUCUUUCUUCGCAACUUCCGCGACUCGGUGUCCGCCUAUCAGCCGCUCGUUGUCGCGCACUUCCAUGAAUGGCAAGCCGGUGUGGGGCUGAUCAUGUCGCGGAUGUGGAAUACCGAUGUCUCAACCGUCUACACAACGCACGCCACACUAUUGGGCCGGCACCUCUGCGCUGGCGGCUGUGAUCUAUACAACAAUCUGGAAAAAAUAGACACUGACCACGAAGCUGGCAAAAGAAAGAUCUAUCACCAAUACUGCAUCGAACGCGGAGCGGCGAACAAUGCCCAUGUGUUUACAACUGUUUCCGAAAUCACUGGUUACGAGGCCGAGCAUUUGUUGAAGCGCAAGCCUGACCUGAUCACGCCAAACGGGCUCAACAUCGUAAAAUUUGCGGCGAUCCAUGAAUUCCAGAACCUCCAUGCCCUUGCCAAGGAGAAAAUCAACAAUUUCGUGCGCGGGCAUUUCCAUGGCCACUUGGACUUCGACCUCGAGAAGACUCUCUACUUUUUCACGGCUGGAAGGUACGAAUUCACGAAUAAGGGUGGCGAUCUCUUCAUCGAAUCAUUGGCGCGGCUUAACUACUUCCUGCAGACGACCACGGAUCCUCGCUACGAAGGUGUCACCGUUGUUGCAUUCAUCAUAUACCCUGCCCCCUCCAACAAUUUCAACGUGGAGUCGUUGAAAGGGCAAGCCGUGACGAAGCAACUUCGUGAGACGAUCGACAAGAUCAAGGAAUCGCUGGCGUCCCGCAUGUUUGAGUCCUGCUUGCGUGGACGAAUGCCGGACGACGAAGACUUCUUGCUGCCAAACGAGCGCAUUAUGUUGAAGCGUUGCAUGGCGGCCACACAGAAGAGUGAGCUCCCUCCAAUUUGCACGCACAACAUGCUGAACUCCAAGGAUGAAGUGCUCGAUUCGCUUCGGCGGUGCAAUUUGAUCAACCAGAAGCAUGAUCGCGUCAAGGUCAUUUUCCACCCAGAAUUUCUCUCUUCCGUUUCGCCGCUGAUCGGGCUGGACUACGAAGAUUUUGUUCGCGGCUGUCACCUUGGCGUCUUCCCAUCAUACUAUGAACCUUGGGGUUAUACCCCAGCCGAAUGCACGGUGAUGGGCAUCCCCUCGGUAGCCACCAAUCUCUCUGGCUUUGGAUGCUUCAUUGAGGAACACAUCCCCGAGCACGACGAAAAGGGCCUCUACAUCGUAGACCGCCGUUUCAAGGGUGCUGAUGGAAGCAUUCAGGAGUUAGCUGGAAUUCUCUACGACUUCUGCGGGUUGUCGCGUCGGCAGCGGAUUAUCAUGAGAAACAAUUGCGAGCGUGUCUCCGAGAUCCUCGAUUGGAAGAAGCUCGGCAUCUUCUACCAAAAUGCCCGAAUGGAAGCACUUCGCCGCCACAACGAAAACCUUGAAGAUGUGCUUGCCGAGAAUCCUGCAAAGGUGCCGUCUGCUGCCUCGUCUCGACGUCCAUCGCUGCACGACUCCUCCGAUGAGACAGAC